GUCGAUAAUAUACGACUUUCUAACCAUCCACGUUGAAUCAAGAGAGUCAUAUACUUCCGAAUGUUUAUUAAGAAUCAUCGAUAUUUCAGUUAAAAAUCACAAAAAUGCUGAACAUGCGUGCAGCCACGGUCGCUUGCCGGCAAGCGUUCUCCAAAGCAAAUGUAGUAUCGCAGGAAGUAAUUGCAUACAGAUAUAUCCACUUAGUUAGGCAAGUGAGACAGAUCCCUAGAAGUUCCUUGCUGGAUUUGCACAGAAACUGCAGAGUCGUAGGGAUCCCUUUAGUUCGUUAUGCCAGCACCAAUGAGACAGCACCAAGUACAGCACCUCCAGAAACGACGCCAUCACAAAGUACAGCACCAGAAGCUAUACCACAAGCAGCACCAGAAAUCAGUCCGUAUGAUGAGAUACCAGAUGCACCAACGCCGAUAGUUCAAGAAAUAGUUGAAAAUAUCGUGAAACUGCAUUCAAAUGGGGAGCCAACUUUCGAGAGCAUGGGUCUGGGCUGCAAUUACACUCCAGUCGGUCUUAUACAGAAGUCCUUGGAAUUUCUGCACAUACAUUGUGACCUUCCAUGGUGGACGACAAUCGUCAUAGGUACCCUCUGCGUGAGGCUCCUCAUGUUUCCCAUAGUGGUAAUCGCGCAGAAAAAUAUGAUCAAGUUCAACAAUCACAUGCCAAAGAUAAAACAGUUGCAAGAGAAGAUGUCGGAAGCCAGGAACUCCGGCGACUACGUGGAAAGUUCACGAGCUGCAUCUGACCUGAUGCAGUACACGAAAAAUAACGACAUCAGUUUCGGGAAAAACAUACUGAUGCCGAUAGUCCAGGCGCCGGUGUUCAUCUCAUUCUUCCUAGCUCUGCGAAAGAUGGCCAACACGCCUGUGGAAAGCUUGAAGGAAGGUGGCUUUUGGUGGGUAACAGAUCUCACUCUGCACGAUCCUUAUUACAUAAUGCCAAUAGCCACCAGUGUGACCAUGUAUAUCACGAUCGAAGUCGGCGCGGACGGCGCCAAUCUCAGGGCAAUGGGCUUGAUGCGAUACGUCAUACGAGUUGCGCCCUUCGUCGUGUUGCCAUUCAUGAUUCACUUCCCCGGUACUAUUGUGACGUAUUGGUUGUCGACGAACGUCAUUUCUCUGGCGCAAGCUCAUUUUCUAAAGAUCCCGUAUAUAAGAAAGAAGCUUAAUAUGCCAAUCUUAAAUACCAAGACGGCUGCGGAAGUGAAAAAGAGUGACAAAGGAUUCAUCGCAGAAUUCAAAGAAGCUUGGACGAACAUGAAGAUAUCUAAGGACAUGGAUAACAGACAACGAGUAGAUGCAAUACAGUUCAGCAGAGCCGGUAAAGGACCGCUACUGAAGACAUUCAAAUAUGACCCGACGAAACGAAAAGAAUCGGCCGUUUAUGCGAAGAAAAGAUAAAUCUUUUAUAAUUGACGUGUAUUUCGUUAGACAAUGCACAACAUACAAUAUAAAAUCUGUAAUUGUAGUUGUAAUAAAAUAAAAUUUCUUUAA